GGAGCGGCGCCCGGUGGCGGCUCCGUUCGCUGCCGGGCCGGCGGGGAUCGAGGGGACGGGGCUGGUGCCGGGGGACGGGAGCCUGGGUCCGGGCUGAGCCCCGGGCCGGCGGUGGAGUCUGCUCCCUGGGGUCUGCCCGAGCCGAGGGGACGUGGCAGUGCCAUGUGGGCCCAGCGUGCCGGGGUCCUGGGCUGGCUGCUGCUGCUCCAGGUGGUGCCCAGGGCUGCAGGCGCCCAGCCCUGCAGCCCCAAGUACUUUGGCCGUGACUCCAUGGUGUGCGUGUGCAAUGCCACGUACUGCGACACGCUGGACCCCGUGGUCCUGCCGGCCCCGGGCACCUACGUCAAGUACGAGAGCAGCAAGGCCGGCAAGCGGCUGGAGCGCAGCGAGGGGAGCUUCCAGCGCAGCCUCCGUGCCCCAGGGCUGCUGCUGACGCUCAACAUCUCUGUGCUGUACCAGCACGUGAAGGGCUUCGGUGGGUCUCUCUCAGAUGCUGCUGCCCUCAACAUCCUGGGGCUGUCGCAGCCGGCCCAGGACAACCUUCUGCGGUCCUACUUCUCCGAGAAUGGGAUUGAGUACAACCUCGUCCGGCUCCCCAUGGCCUGCAGCGACUUCUCCGUGCGCCCCUACAGCUACAACGAUGACGUCCCCUAUGACUAUGAGCUGAAGCACUUCAAGCUGGCAGAGGAGGACGUGAAGAUGAAGAUCCCCAUCCUGCACCGAGCCUUGGCCAUGGCCAAACGGCCGCUGUCCUUCUACGCGAGCCCCUGGACCUCCCCGGCCUGGAUGAAGAGCAAUGAGGAUGUCCGCGGGAAGGGCACGCUGAAGGGGCAGGCGGGGGACAAGUACCACAAAACCUGGGCCAACUACUUCAUCAAGUUCCUGGACGAAUACGCCAAGCACAACCUGACCUUCUGGGCGGUGACGGCGCAGAACGAGCCCCUCGCAGCGCUCUUAGCGCACCCCCAGUUCCCGACCAUCGCCUUCACCGCCGUGCAGCAGCGGGACUUUGUGGCCCAGGACCUGGGCCCUGCGCUGGCCCAGAGCUCGCACGGCACCCGGCUCAUCAUCAUGGACGACCAGCGCAUCCACCUCCCCGCCUGGGCCAAAGUGGUCCUAGGCAAUGCCACCGCCGCCCGCUAUGUGGCUGGUGUCGGUGUUCACUGGUACCUGGACAGCAUCGUCCCAGCCAGAUGCAGCCUGGAGGCCACCCACAAGCUCUUCCCCGACCAUUUCCUCCUCUACACUGAGGCCUGCAGCGGUUUCCUCACCUAUCGGUUCUCCGUGUCGCUGGGCUGCUGGGAGCGAGGGGACCGCUACAGCCACAGCAUCCUGACGGUCCUGAACCACUUCGUGGCUGGCUGGACUGACUGGAACCUGGCGCUGGACCUUCAGGGGGGCCCCAACUGGGUCGAGAACUACGUGGACAGCCCCGUCAUCGUGGACAGCAGCAAGGAUGUCUUCUACAAGCAGCCCAUGUUCUACCACAUGGGGCACUUCAGCAAGUUCAUCCCCGAGGGCUCACGGCGCGUGGGGCUGCGCAGCAGCCGCCGGUGCCUCUUCUGCCAGCUGGAGCACGUGGCACUGCUGCGCCCCGAUGGCGCCGUCGUCCUGGUGGUCCUCAAUAGGUCUGCCUGGGAUGUGCCCUUCGGGAUCUUGGACCCCGCGGUCGGUUUCAUUGAGGCCGUGGCUCCGGCCAGCUCCAUCCAGACCUACCUGUGGCGGCAGCAGUGACGGGGCUGUCCCCAGGGCUGGGCGUGGGUGCUGGGGGCUGCGGGGGCUGCUCCCCACACCAUUUCCAGCAUUCUCCAGUGGUGGUGGCACCCUGGGGACAUGGGGUGGCCCAGGGGUCCUCCCACCUCUGUGCCAGGGGUGCCACAGUCCCAUUGCAUCCCCCUCCCGGUGCGGCAGCGUCCCCCGGGACACCAUGCCCUGCACCAGGCCACGCUUCCACACGUGGCUCCCUCCAAACCUUCGCAUGUGUCUCGCACGCCAAAUAAAGCCUUGACGUGCUCCCUCCGGUA